AUGGCCGAGGUUAUGAACUCCGCCCCAACGCCAGCACCCGAACCGAAACCCGUAGAAAGCCAGCAACCACAAUACACGUUCAAGUUCAGCGAAUUUCUGCGACGCGAAUAUCGCUUUGGCCUUAGUCCUGAUCGUCCGGUAUGCAAGGCAUACCUCCAGGGUCACUGCCCGGAUGGCAAUAGGUGCCCAAACAAACACAAUGUCUCUUCAUCCUACAACAAUCUAGUAUGCAAGCAUUGGUUGCGUGGCCUAUGCAAGAAAGGCGAAACAUGCGAGUUCCUUCACGAGUACAACCUACGACGAAUGCCCGAGUGCUCCUACUACGCCCGGACACAAACGUGCUCCAACGGAGACGACUGUCUGUACCUACAUAUCGACCCCGAGGCGAAGCGCCCCUCAUGCCCACACUACGAUAGAGGCUUCUGUCCGCUUGGGCCAUACUGCGCGCUCAAACACAACAAGAAGGAGAAGCUUUGUCCCUUCUACCUCUGCGGCUUCUGUCCCGAGGGUAAGAACUGCAAGUACGGUGCACACCCAAGGUUUCCUGCCGAUCUCAAGAAGCCUGAGGUCCGUGUGGAAAAGAGCCCUGAGGAGCUUGAGGCCGAGCGAAUAGAGCGCGAACGCGAGAUGAUGAGAAGAGAGGAGGAGGACCGUGAGCGUGACGAGAGGAACGGUCAUCAAGGUGGCCGCGGUUUCAGGGGCAACUGGGACCGCAAGAAGCGUGGAAGAGGAAGGGGUAGAGGUGGCAGGGGACGAGGAGACUAUUGA